UUGUUUAGGUCUAGUCUCAGAUCUCUCUAAAGGAAUAUAUGGAGCUGGGGCACAUUCAGACUUUGGUUUUAGUACCUUGUUGGCAACAGAUGAUGUCCCAGGUCUCCAAGCAUGAAAUUUUCUCCUAUAAAACUGUUGGUGCAGACUUUAUGCCUAGUUAUGAUGCAUGAAACUUUUUGAACUUAUUCACAUUUGCAAGAACAAGGAUGCUAAACCUCCAACAUGGAAAUAUGUGCAACCUAUGAGAGGAGCAUUCAUAAUAAAUCUCGGUGAUAUGCUAGAGCGAUGGAGCAAUUGUAUUUUCAGGCAUGCUUGGAUGCUGGCUUUUUCUACGUGAUCAAUCAUGGAGUCAACCAGGACUUGAUGGAGGAGGUGUUCGUCCAGAGCAGGUGGUUCUUUGGUCUGCCUGUGAGAGAGAAAAUGAAGCUGCUGAGGAACGAGAAGCACCGAGGCUACACUCCUCUGUUCGAUCAGGUCCUCCACCCUGCAAAUCAGAUAAACGGUUUGUGUCUGAUCAUCCUGCUGAAGAUUUUACUGCUUAAAGUGGACAUGGAUGAAUAGCUGGUGAUUUUGAUGGCUGUAAUCAGGUGGUGGUUGAGUAGCAUUUCCUAGAAAAGGAAGAUCAAUUAGUUAUUAUUCCUGUUUUCGGUUGUAUUCUUGGAGAGAACUGCCACAGAAUUAGGAGUUUGAAUUGCUAACACAUGGCCAUGAACUCAAGUCAGAGAUAUGGAUGAAA